GGGCGGUAACUGGGCAGGGUACGGUAGUUAAUUUUAACGAGUUGCUACUCCCCCCGCAUUUAAACUCUCUACCAAAUAACAGUCUGCAGCUGCAUAAAACGGCAAUCAUUUUUAGUCUGUUAUCCGAUUAUUAAUUACUGAAAAUACAGUUCUACAUACAAUCAAUCUUGCCCAGUAUUUGAACCGAAUAUAGGAGCAACAGAGUGUUGUUCUAAAAUUCACUACUUUCCGUGCUAGAUAACUGAUAAAAUGUCUAAAGUCAGAUUACUUGAUAAGCUUGUGCAAGAAAGAGCCGGUGUAGACGGAGCAUCAUCACGGAAUGCCCCUGGUGUAGCGGACCAGGUUCUGUCAGGAAGUGCCUCAUCGAACGAUGAAGAUACAACACCUGACGAAAAACACAUCUUCGAAGUUUUACCUGAUUUACCUGCAGGACCUCUUGAUGUGUACCGGAAAAAUGCUACUUUUGAUUGGAAAGCAAUGAAGGUGGCAUUUGAAGGCGAGGAGUGCAUUCGUUAUCAUUAUAAGAUAUGGAAAACACUUGAGAAGGAUCCACUUUUCCAACAUAGCCAACGACCGCUGACGAUGGAAGAGUCGAGAGCCCUUGUGUUCCGUCAGGUCCAGCAGCUGGUCCGCUAUAACUUCCUGUCUAUGGAAGGCAUCCUAGCAAACCCAGACACCAUCAGUUGGUUCAACAGUGCCGUGUGCCUUUAUGAUGCUGCACUCUCUACCAAGUUUAACCUGAACAAGAAUCUGUUUGGGCAGACAUUGAGAGCCAGCGGGUCCAUGAAGUAUGAAGAUAUUGUGACGAAGAGCGAUGCAUUAGAGAUCAUAGGUUGCUUUGCUUUGACUGAGUUGGCGCACGGGUCCAACACACGAGCCAUGAGAACAACAGCAAAAUACGAUCCUAGUACACGGGAGUUUGUGGUGAACACACCGGACAUAGAAGCUGCCAAGGUCUGGGUCGGUAACCUAGGCAAGUCUGCUACCCAUGCUAUCGUAUACGCCCAGCUCUACACCCAUGACGGCACCUGUCACGGUCUCAACUCCUUCAUAGUGCCCAUCAGGGAUCCCAAAACACUUCUACCCCUCCCUGGGGUGUUUGUAGGGGACCUUGGAGAGAAAUUGGGCCUCCAUGGGUUGGAUAAUGGGUUCGUAUCAUUCCACAAUUUCCGCAUUCCAAGAGAAAACCUGAUCAACAGGACCGGAGAUGUGACAGAGAGUGGCCAAUUUGUCACCCCAUUUAAGGAUCCAAACAAAAGGUUUGGUGCUUCUGUGGGAGCCCUGUCAUCAGGACGAGUUGGUAUCACAAACAUUGGGGUUGGAAAUCUGAAGCUUGCCGUGACCAUCGCUGUGCGCUACUCUGCCGUCAGGAGACAGUUUGGACCCACAGCGGAUGAAGAGUUGCCAGUGCUAGAGUAUCAAAUGCAGCAAUGGCGACUAUUGCCGUAUGUGGCCGGUGCCUUUGUCCUGCAUUACUUCUCAGACAAACUCUUCAAGCACUUGGUGGAAUGUCAGGUGUCCCUCAUGCUUGGUGACAAGAGUGAGAGACAGGCAGAGCUUGGGAAGGAGAUGCAUGCCUUGUCUAGCGCCAGCAAGCCCCUGAGUAGCUGGUUAGCUAGGGACUGCAUACAGGAAUGCAGGGAGGCCUGUGGGGGUCACGGGUACCUGUGGGUGAACAGGUUUGGUGUGUUACGAGAUGACCAUGACCCGAAUUGUACAUAUGAGGGAGACAACAACGUCCUGCUCCAACAGACCAGUAACUACUUGUUAGCUUUGUUUGCCGCUAAAAAAAGAGGUGAGACCAUCUCCUCUCCCAUUGGGACGUUUGAUUUUCUGGACUCCAUGUUUGAGAUCAUCAAGCAGAAGUUCACAGUCCGCAAGCUGGAGGAUGUCAUUAAACCCCAAGUGAUCUUGGGUGCUUACCGUUGGCUGGUUGUCUACCUCCUGCAGGAGAGCUCCCAUAAGCUCCAGCAGGAGCUGAUGAAUGGAAAGGAUGCCUUCAGUGCUCGUAACGACUCCCAGGUCUACUUCUGCAGGACCUUGGCAAUUGCUUUUAUGGAGCAUACACUGCUGGAACAGUUCUGGAAUUAUCUACAGACUGGUGACUUCAUCCCUGAACAGACUGCUGUCCUCACUAAACUCUGUAGUCUGUAUGGUCUCUGGAGUCUAGAGAAACAUAUGGCCACUCUCUAUCAAGGUGGAUAUUUCUCUGGGGCGGAGACCGCUAGGUUGAUCCGGGAUGCCAUCCUCCAUCUCUGCAGGGAUGUUAAGAAUGAUGCGGUCUCUCUGGUUGAUGUUCUGGCUCCUCCUGACUUCAUCCUCAACUCACCCAUAGGCUGUGCUGAUGGUCAGGUUUACAAGCGUCUGUACAACGCCAUUCUGCAGACUCCCAAGUGCCUUGAGAGGCCUGACUGGUGGAAGGAAUUCCUGGACACACCGAUCGUUGGUUCCGCCCCUCCUGCUAAGCUCUGAGCAUCCUGAAGGUGAUGGUCUCAAGGACUUGUGGAAACCAAGAUGAAAAUUUAGAGGAAGAUUGUGAUGGUAGAUUGGCUGGUGCCUGCCUUUAACACAAUUAGACAUAACAAUAGUUCAUAAUCCAUUGCUUACAUGAAUCCGGUGGUUCCUGCAUUAAGCCUAAGAAAAUGUGUGCAUUCAGUAGCCAAUGGGUUAAAAUGAUUUACAUGUAUAAUGUUUUCUGCAAAAUGAUCAUUUAUAUAACUUUUGUUGUAAGUGCAACUCAAAAUACAGUAUGUAACUGAUUUAUUGAAUUGUGCUCCAUGAGUGCUUGCCAAUACUUGGAAUCAUUGCUGCUGUUUAGAAUGCUUAUGAGUGUGGAUAUGAUAAUGCAUUUUAUUUCCUGUUUGCCUAAUGUUGUUAAGAUUGUGAAAAUUAACCUCAAAAUUAUAGGCUUCAACAAUCAUGAUAAUUAGAA